CAUUACUACUUAAAUAAUCACAACUUCAACGUGAACAUGAACAGUCAACAACAGCAAUGAAAAGUAUGAAUACACCUCAAAAUCUCAAUCAUACACACCCACAUUCAACUUUCACACUUUUCGCUCUCCUAUAUAUUCAAUCUCCAUUUUCAACCCAAAUCAAGCCUUUUCUUUAUUACCCACUUUCAGAAACUUCUAGAAAGAAAAACAGAGCAAAACAGAGCAACAAUGGCGGAAGAAGUGAGCAACAAACAAGUAGUGUUAAAGGAUUACGUUGUUGGGUUUCCCAAAGAAUCAGACAUGGAGGUCAAAACUUCCAACAUUAACCUUAAACUUCCAGAAGAUUCUAAUGGAAUUCUUCUUAAGAAUCUCUACUUGUCUUGUGAUCCUUAUAUGAGGAGUCGUAUGACCAACCGUGAUCGUGCUUCUUAUGUCGAAUCUUUCUUACCUGGAUCGCCCAUCAUCGGAUAUGGAGUGUCAAAAGUACUGGAUUCUCGGCAUCCUAACUUCAAGGCAGGCGACCUUGUAUGGGGCUUUACUGGUUGGGAAGAAUAUAGUGUUGUUUCAUCACCUCAGCUUUCCUUUAAAAUCGAGCAUACAGAUGUUCCGCUUUCCUACUAUACUGGGAUUCUUGGAAUGCCUGGCAUUACAGCCUAUGCAGGCUUGUAUGAAAUUGGAUCUGCUAAGAAGGGAGAUCAUGUCUUUGUCUCCGCGGCAUCUGGUGCUGUUGGUCAAUUAGUUGGACAACUCGCAAAGUUAACUGGUUGCUAUGUUGUGGGAAGUGCUGGUAGCAAAGAGAAGGUUGAUUUAUUGAAAAACAAAUUUGGAUUUGAUGAAGCCUUCAAUUACAAAGAAGAGGAAGACUUGGAUGCAACCUUGAAACGGUACUUUCCGGAAGGCAUUGACAUUUAUUUUGAGAAUGUUGGAGGGAAGAUGCUUGACGCGGUUCUAUUGAACAUGAGACCUCAUGGCCGAAUCCCAGUCUGUGGGCUGAUCUCACAGUACAAUCUCCAACAGCCUGAGGGAGUCUACAAUUUAUCUAAUAUUAUAGCUAAACGCAUUCGUAUGGAAGGAUUUAUAGCUUUCGAUCAUUAUCAUCUCUACCCUAAAUACUUGGAAAUGAUCCUGCCAUACAUAAGGGAAGGCAAGGUUUCAUAUGUUGAAGAUGUUGCUGAAGGACUAGAGAAUGCUCCUUCUGCCUUGAUUGGGAUCUUCUCUGGCCGUAAUGUUGGGAAGCAACUCGUCGUUGUGGCUCGUGAGUAACGGUAAAUGAGCCAUGAGUAUGUCGUGUUAAGCAUGGUGGUGUCUAUGGAGUAGAAUUGGGUACUUUCUACUCUUGAAAGACGGUUGUUAUGGGUAUUUUAGAUGUGUACUUAGCUUAUUUAUGUACUUUUCCAUUUUGCAUUUCUGUUGUUACUUGAAUAAUUGUGUGUGUGUGUGUUUUGGUUUGACUUUGCAUGUCAUUGUACAUUUGUACAUCUUUAUUCCUUAACAAUAGUACAAAUGUAUAAAAUUCUUGGAAUACUUAGCGAGACAAAUCAAACAAUACCUUAAUAACCUAUGUUUUUUCUCA